AUGAACAAACAAAGCAUAAAAAUUUUCUUAAUGAUGGCGAUUGCACUUGUACUUAUCUCAAGUGCAGUCAAGGCAGAAGUUCCUCCAAGUGCUAGAACAGGCGCAGGACCAGCUAAAAAUCCAAAUGCUCCCCAUCAUGGAGGCAGCAGUGAUGGAGAUGAUGACGGUUUUAUUACCCACAUAUUCUUUGCUUCAAUUGAAAUUUCUGACGGGCAUGGCAAGCUGUACAGGUUCAUUACCAGUCCAUUUAUGACUGUUACUGGAUUUAUUUUUGCAAUUGUACUUGUGGCAGGAGGUUUAUUCUGCAUUCUUGGAUCUGGCGGAAGCAGCAGCAUUGGUGGAUCAGCAUAAGCGUAUUAAAUAAAUC